UCAUCAAACCCGGAAGCGUUCCCAACUCGGCCGUGGUUGUUGGUCAUUCAGGCUGCUGUGGUUUAGAUCACUUGCUGUUAAGGUAUCCGUUUACAUCGGGCGUCGGACAUAUUCACUUGUAGGUGUAUUCAAGGAAAGCAAGAAUGGCUGGUCGGCUACCGGCUUGUGUCGUUGACUGUGGAACAGGGUACACAAAACUUGGUUAUGCAGGAAACACAGAACCACAGUUCAUCAUGCCUUCAUGUAUUGCAAUCAAAGAAUCAGCCAAGGUCGGAGACCAGGCCCAGCGUAGGAUGAUGAAGGGCGUUGAUGACCUGGACUUCUUCAUUGGCGAUGAAGCCAUCGACAAACCAUCAUAUGCAACAAAGUGGCCCAUCCGUCAUGGGAUAGUGGAGGACUGGGACCUGAUGGAGAGAUUUAUGGAGCAGAUCAUCUUCAAGUAUCUGCGGGCAGAACCUGAAGAUCAUUAUUUCCUUUUGACAGAGCCUCCCCUCAACACACCAGAAAACAGAGAGUACACAGCAGAGAUUAUGUUUGAGUCCUUCAAUGUCCCAGGUCUCUACAUUGCUGUUCAGGCUGUCCUGGCACUGGCUGCCUCCUGGACAUCCAGACAGGUGGGAGAACGGACAUUGACGGGCACCGUGAUUGACAGUGGAGACGGAGUCACACACGUCAUCCCAGUGGCUGAAGGUUACGUCAUCGGGAGCUGCAUUAAGCACAUCCCCAUCGCUGGUCGAGACAUAACGUACUUCAUCCAGCAGCUGCUGAGGGAGCGGGAGGUGGGGAUACCUCCAGAGCAGUCUCUGGAGACGGCUAAAGCUGUCAAGGAGCGAUUCAGCUACGUCUGCCCCGACCUUGUCAAGGAGUUUAACAAAUACGACACAGACGGCUCCAAGUGGAUCAAACAGUUCACAGGCGUCAAUGCCAUUACCAAGAAGGAGUUCACCAUCGAUGUUGGUUACGAGCGUUUCCUUGGCCCUGAGAUCUUCUUCCAUCCUGAGUUUGCGAACCCAGAUUUUACCCAGCCGAUCUCGGAGGUGGUGGAUGAAGUCAUCCAGAACUGCCCCAUUGAUGUCAGACGUCCACUGUAUAAGAACAUCGUACUCUCCGGAGGCUCCACUAUGUUCAGAGACUUUGGCAGGCGUCUGCAAAGGGACCUCAAGAGAACUGUGGAUGCACGACUGAAAAUGAGUGAAGAGCUGAGCGGUGGAAAGUUGAAGCCCAAGCCCAUUGAUGUGCAAGUCAUCACUCAUCACAUGCAGAGAUACGCUGUCUGGUUCGGAGGAUCAAUGCUGGCGUCUACUCCUGAGUUUUACCAAGUGUGCCACACCAAGAAAGACUACGAGGAGAUCGGGCCAAGCAUCUGUCGCCACAACCCCGUAUUUGGAGUCAUGUCUUAGGCCUCAGAGGGAGCGCAGUCAGCGGAGGAUGAGGAAAAACGGAGGAAGCGCUGCAAAACCUCACAUGCUGUGGAAGUCCCAUGAGCCUUUGCACGGAUGCUCCGACAGACCUGUUCAUUCGGAUAGAGCGGCAGUGGACCAAACAAACUGCCAGAAGUGUGACAUCGUCACAAAUUAGAGGAAAGAACUGACUCAGCCCAAAGGAUCCUUGAAUUAAUUGUUUACUACAAGUAGGUUAAUAAUAGGUGAUUAAUUUCUGCGUGCCUCAUAUGUACUUAUUAUAUCCUCACAGGGUUGUAAUAUGUAAUUAAGGAGUCCUGUAUAAAUGCACUUCUCUGUGUAUAUGGGUUGGGUUCAAUAUGUUAAAUAUUGUAAGUAAAAAUGGAAACGUAGAGGUUGUUCCAUGAAGCUGGGCAUGCUUAGCUAGAUCCACAAGCAUUGAAUAAAUCAUCUUUUUGAUAACUGAGAUAUCAAAUGGGUGCAAACGUACAUUAUUAUAAAAAAAAAAAAAAUUUCAC